AUGUGUAGAUUCAUGGUCUACAAAGGCAAAGACGAGAUACUUCUCUCUGAGCUUAUUCUUAAUCCAACCCACUCCAUUCUCACACAGUCGUUUGAUUCGCGCCUACGUCUCGACCGACGCCGUCCACACAAUGGCGACGGGUUCGGUAUAGGCUACUACACCUCGCCCUCGCUAGGUCCUACUCCAUGUGUAUUCACCUCUACGAUCCCCGCAUGGAACUGCAUCAACCUCUCCCGCAUCGCCUCCAAAACCACUUCGUCGCUCAUCUUCGCCCAUGUGCGCGCCACCACCGAGGGCAACCUCAGCGACAGCAACUGCCACCCUUUCAGCUACAAGAGCAUCAUGUUCAUGCACAACGGCGGAAUCGGAGCGUGGAGACAUAUCAAGCGACGGCUGGCCAUGAGUCUCGACGAGAAGUGGUUCAACGUGGUGGGGGGAUCGACAGACAGCGAAUGGGCAUUUGCUACGUUUCUCGACUCCCUGGACAGAGCGGGUAUUUCGCCUGACAAGGAUGUUGAGCCCGGCAUUGGCUUCGGGCACACUGUGCUCCGCAAAGCGCUCCUCAAAACCAUCGAGCGCAUCAACGGGUUCAUCAAGGCUGUUGUCGGCGAGCAAGGCGUUGGCGAAGAAGAUAGCAGGAGUCUACUCAACUUUGCCGUUACCGACGGCGUCAGCGUAGUCUGUUCCCGAUACGUCAGUUCCCGGACAGAUGAGGCAGCGAGCUUGUUCUUCAGCAGCGGGACAAGCUGGAAAGAACUCCAGAGCUCAGACCAAGCGUCGCGCAGUAGUGACGAUGAAGAGAGAGAGCGAGACUACGUCAUGGAGAGGAGGGACAAGGGUUCCGACAUUGUGCUUGUAGCCAGCGAGCCCUUGACAUUUGAACGCGAUAACUGGGUCACAGUCCCUACCAAUAGCACCCUCACUAUUUCCAAACAAACAGUCAUGAUCCACCCCAUCAUCGACGAGUUUUACUCCCCAAACCCGGCGCAUGAACGCAGUGCCAACUUUGCAAAGGCAAAGGGGCAGACGGUCACGGGGAGCGACAAGAGAGUCUUGAGUGAUUUGCCUGACAGCGAGUAGACUUGGUGUUGAUUGGGUCGUGUCGUGAGUAGAUGGCUGGAAAGAGAAUAGCAUGUAAGAGGACGGUAGUGCUCGUUUUGAUCCAUCUAGCUUGGUGUUGCUUCUUUGUGGAGUUGUGCGUGUGAGAGAUUUGGACCGGGUCUAUGUCUGUAUGGAACCAAAGAUUGGAAGAAAGCAGCCUUCUUUCCUUUCCCUUCUUUCGUGUUUUCACCGCUUGAUAUGGCUACGUGGAUAACGAAACAUAUGUAUGCCACAUAGCGACGAGAGGUAUGUCGUACAUGCAGUGCAGUGCGCGUUCAAGGCAAACUUUUUCUC